CUUUAUUGUAUAUAUGAUAUGAUGAUCAAUGAUCAUCUUCUAGUCGUCUUGUCAUCUUAUUAUCUUUUUUAUUUAUAUUUCCCGUGAAUUUAAUUUUUUUAUUAUUAUUAAUAAUCUGAAUCUAGUCUAUCAAUUAUUUCAAUAUGUAGAAUAAUUUAUUAUGCGGCAAUUUGGAAAAUUUGGUCCGUUAAUAGGCGCUAUUGAUGAAGGAACAUCGAAUGUAAAAUUUUUGAUAUUUGCUGCGAAUACAUCUGAAGUAUUAACAUAUCACCAAAUACCUUUAAAACGUUUCAGUCCACAAGAAGGAUGGGUUGAACAAGAUGCAUUAGAAAUUCUUAAUGCCGUAUUGGAAUGUAUCGAGAUAACAACUGAUAACCUAAGAAAAUUAGAUAUAAGUCCUGAAGAUGUAGUAGGUAUAGGAAUAACAAAUCAGAGAGAGACUACUAUUGUGUGGAGUUCUAUUACAGGCCAACCACUUUAUAGUGCCAUAGUUUGGUUAGAUGUAAGAACAUCAAAAAUAGUUGAUGAUCUAGUUAAAAGAAAGGGAGCCCAAUGUGUAAAUGCUGUAUCUCAAACUAGUGGACUUCCAUUAUCAACAUAUUUCUCAUCAGUGAAAUUAAAGUGGCUGCUUCAAAACAUACCAGCUGUCAAAGAUGCUGUGGCUGCUGGAGAGUGCAUGGCGGGUACAGUUGAUUCCUGGCUAAUAUGGAACCUCACAGGUGGUAACCGUGGUGGAAUACAUGCUACAGAUGUAACUAACGCAUCUCGGACGCAGCUCAUGUCAUUGAAAACCUUACAAUGGGAUAAAGGGUUGCUUCAUUUCUUUGAUAUACCAAUGCAAAUUCUACCAAAGAUUAAAAGUUCUGCUGAAAUAUAUGGUUACAUAUCCACAGGAUCUCUUCUUGGUGUUCCUAUUGCUGGGUGCUUGGGAGAUCAACAAGCUGCAUUGGUUGGACAAGGUUGUAUGAGAUUUGGCCAAGUUAAAUGUACUUUUGGAACUGGCUGUUUCCUGUUAUACAAUACAGGUGACUCAAUAAUACAUUCACAGAAUGGUCUUUUGACAACAGUGGCAUUUAAACUUGGUCCUGAUGCACCACCAGUGUAUGCUUUGGAAGGAUCUGUGGCAAUAGCAGGUGAUACAUUACAGUGGCUAAAAAAUGGCCUAGAAAUAUUAAAUGAUGUACAAGACUCAGAAAUUGAAGCAUCCGAAGUGACUGAUGAGGAAGAAGGAAGUAUUUGUUUAGUACCAGCUUUUAAUGGUUUAUAUGCACCAUAUUGGAGAAAAGACGCGAGAGGAAUAAUGUGCGGAUUGAGCGGUAGAACAAGUAGGCGGCACAUAAUACGGGCAACACUCGAGGCGGUGUGCCAACAGACGCGAGCCGUGGCGACCGCUAUGCAAGCCGAUUGCGCGCCGCUGCGUCGCCUACUUGCCGACGGCGGAAUGGCACAGAACUCCGUACUUAUGCAAAUGCAAGCUGAUGUGCUAGCUGUACCUGUGAUCCGUCCAUUAAUGAUGGAAAGCACCGCGUUAGGGGCGGCUAUAGUGGCAGGCCGAGCGCUACGUGUAUGGCCUGCUUCUAUACCUAAUCCUCCCGCUGACAUUUUCCUGCCAUCUAUAUCAAAUGAAGAGCGUGAAAUUCGACGUGUCAGAUGGGAAUCAGCUCUAGACCGCUGCAUGGGCUGGUCAACAGAUAACAAAGAUGAGAAAUGUAAAAUUCAGCCUGAUGAAAUUGACCGAACAAAUGCUGUCCUGCCACCAGGUCUAUUCUUUCUUGGUACUGCACUUCUAGUGAUCAUAGCAGAUAAAUUAAAACCGAUUUAAUGUGUAGUUAGUCAAUAUAUAAUAGUACAAGCGGGCUCAAAAUAAUAACCAUCAUAACGAUAUCCCAAAAAUAUAGUUCUUAAUAGUUGUACCUAUGUAAAGUAUUAAUUUAUCCUGUAGUAUAGAUUGUUGUUGUUUGUUAUCAUAAAUAUAUAACAAAUUAUGCCAUA